AUGGCCAUCGUAAAACCCAGUGCACAGGUUUUAGAAGAAGUAGAAAAUGAAGUGGAAAAGAGAAAAACAGGUUUGUUUUUUCCAAAUAUGCUAAUAAAUAGUCAUAAGGGGGAAGUGUACUCAGUUAAUUUUUCGUCCGAUGGAAAGUAUAUAACAUCAUCAAGUUUUGAUAUGACCAUAAUGAUUCAUAAUGUGUAUAAUGAAUGUGAAACUAUUAAUGUUUUAAGGGGUCAUAAAAAUGCAGUAUUACAAGCGAAAUGGAGUAAAGAUGAUAGUUAUAUUUGUAGUGUAUCUGCUGAUCAUAAUGCUUGUAUAUGGGAUGUUGAAAAUGAAACAAGAAUAAAAAAUUUUAAAGGUCAUACAAGUAUAGUUAAUGCACUGGAUAUAAUUAAUUAUAAUUUAUUUGUUACUUGUAGUGAUGAUUGUACAUUAAAAUUUUGGGAUAUAAGAUGUAAAAAAUUAGUCCAUACUAUUAAAGAAGAUUUUCCUUUAUUGGCUGUUUGUUCAGAUAAAAAAGGAGAAUUUAUUUAUGUAAGUUCAGUUGAUAAUACAAUUAAAAUUUAUGACUGUAAAAAUUAUAAAUUAAAAAAUACCUUAACAGGUCAUAAAAAUUAUAUAAGUGGAUUAGACAUAAAUAAUGAUGAAACUAUAUUAGCUUCAAUUAGUGCAGAUGAAACGAUUUGUUUUUGGGAUAUACAGCCUUUCCCUUGUGAUGAACAAUUACUUUUUCGAUUAAAUUCUCCAAAAUUUAAUAUCGACUAUAAUUUAAUUAAAUUAUCUUUUAAUAAUGAUAAUUUAUUGGCUUGUGGAAGUGGAGAUAAUUAUUUAUAUAUUUAUGAUUAUAAGCAGAAGGUUUUAAAAUUUACCUUGCCAGGUCAUAACAGUACUAUAAACGAUGUCGCCUUUCACCCAUUAGAAGAAAUCGUUGCUUCGUGUUCGUCGGAUAAUACCAUUUUUCUGGGCGAGUUGUAG